AUGCCAUCUGAGAGGUGCCUCAGUAUUCAAGAAAUGCUGACAGGUCAGAGGCUUUGCCAAUCCAGUUCACAUAAUGAUGCUGUCUUGGCAGCCCUGAACCAACAAAGAAGUGAUGGUAUACUGUGUGACAUCACCCUCAUUGCAGAAGACCAGAAAUUCCAUGCACAUAAGGCAGUACUUGCAGCAUGCAGUGAUUAUUUCCGAGCAAUGUUCAGUCUCUGUAUGGUUGAGAGUGGAGCUGAUGAAGUGAAUUUGCAUGGUGUCACAAGCCUAGGUUUAAAGCAGGCCCUGGACUUUGCAUACACUGGACAGAUUCUGUUGGAGCCAGGAGUAAUCCAGGAUGUGCUAGCAGCUGGUAGUCACCUGCAGCUGUUGGAGCUCCUCAGUUUAUGUUCUCACUAUCUCAUCCAGGAAUUAAAUAGCUUUAAUUACUUGGACCUGUAUAAGCUCGCUGACCUCUUCAACCUCACUUUGCUGGAGAAGGCAGUGGUUGACUUCUUAGUUAAACACCUCUCUGAGCUGUUGAAGAGUCACCCGGAGGAAGUCCUGACUCUCCCAUACUGUCUCCUUCGAGAGGUCCUGAAGAGCGACCGACUCACUUCCCUUAGCGAAGAGCAAAUCUGGCAGCUAGCUGUGAGGUGGUUGGAACACAACUGCCGCUAUCAGUACAUGGAUGAACUUCUCCAGUAUGUCCGCUUUGGCCUUAUGGAUGUGGAUACACUACAUACUGUAGCCCUUUCUCAUCCUCUUGUCCAAGCUAGUGAAACUGCGACAGCACUUAUUAAUGAGGCCUUGACAUACCACCAGAGCAUCUAUGCACAGCCAGUUUGGCAGACCAGACGGACGAAACCUCGCUUCCAGUCGGACACUCUUUACAUUAUCGGUGGGAAAAAACGUGAGAUCUGUAAAGUAAAAGAACUCCGGUACUUCAAUCCAGUAGAUCAGGAGAAUGUUCACAUAGCGGGGAUUGCAAACUGGAGUGAACUGGCUCCCAUGCCUGUUGGGAGAAGUCACCACUGUGUAGCUGUCAUGGGAGACUUUCUGUUUGUAGCUGGUGGAGAGGUUGAGCAUGCCACAGGCCGCACUUGUGCGGUAAGGACUGCCUGUCGGUAUGACCCCCGUAGUAACUCUUGGGCUGAGAUAGCUCCAAUGAAGAACUGCCGGGAACAUUUUGUAUUGGGAGCUGUGGAUGAGAACCUCUAUGCGGUAGGGGGACGAAAUGAACUGCGUCAAGUUUUGCCUACAGUCGAGCGGUAUUGUCCCAAGAAGAACAAGUGGGCCUUUGUUCAGUCCUUUGACAGAUCCCUUUCAUGUCAUGCAGGAUCUGUGGUGGAUGGACUUCUUUGGAUAUCAGGAGGAGUAACAAAUACUGCACAAUACCAGAACAGGCUAAUGGUCUAUGAUCCUAAGCAGAAUAAGUGGAUAAGCCGAAGCCCCAUGUUACAGAGGAGAGUGUACCAUUCCAUGGCUGCUGUCCAAAGGAGACUUUAUGUUUUAGGCGGGAAUGAUUUGGACUACAAUAAUGAUCGGAUUCUUGUACGCCACAUAGACUCUUAUAACAUAGACACUGACCAAUGGACGCGCUGCAGCUUCAACAUGUUGACAGGUCAGAAUGAAUCUGGCGUUGCUGUCCACAAUGGAAGAAUAUAUUUAGUUGGCGGCUAUUCUAUUUGGACAAAUGAGCCUUUGGCAUGUAUCCAGAAAAGGAAAAGAAUGUUUUCCACAUGGCCAGUCUACUCUAGGAGUGAGAAGAAAAUAGUGAGAAAGCUGAUGGUAACAUCAUUCGCUUGGGCUUCCAACUGGAGAAAAGAAUGUGGAGUAAUGGACAAGCUCUCAAGCAAUAACAACUCACUCAAGCCUCUUCAUCAUCUUAACAAGGGGAAAUAG